ACGACUAUUAUUACAAAUAUGUUUUUCUGAAAUAGAAAGAAAAAAUAUAAUAUAUAAUUUAAACAAAACAAUAACCGAAAUGGUGACCAAUUACUAUUUUUUGACAGGGCUUUGUGUCACUGAAAAACCCAGAAUGCAGAUUCUGUUCUUCAUUCAGCAGCAACAACAAUGCCUUAUUAUUUACAAAAAUGUCAUGGCACUGGUAGGCUGCCGUUCUCUGAGCAUCACAAGGCUGUAUAGCUGCCAUUUUUAUUUCAGCUUUUGCUUCUGAUGGUUUGUUGCAGAGGAAGUGCAGACAUCUGGAUAGGAAUCAUAUAAUUAGUGGCUAGAAAGCACUAGUCGAGACAUACAGUGCUGCGAUGGAUGCAAUUGGUGUUUCCUACUCGAACCCGUUGGAGGACUACGAGAUGAUUCAACGAAUCGGUAGUGGUACAUACGGAGACGUAUUUAAGGCACGAAACAUCAAGACAUCCGUGAUCUCUGCAAUCAAAGUUGUAAAACUAGAUCCUGGUGAUGACAUCUUAUCUAUCCAGCAGGAGAUUACCAUGAUUAAAGAAUGCACUCACAAGAACAUUGUAGCCUAUUUCGGCAGCUACCUCAGAAAUAACAAGCUGUGGAUCUGCAUGGAGUACUGUGGAGGAGGUUCCCUGCAGGACAUUUAUCAUGUUACUGGCCCCCUGAAUGAGAGGCAGAUUGCAUAUGUUUGCAGGGAAACACUACAGGGACUGCAUCACUUACAUGAGACUGGAAAAAUGCACAGAGACAUAAAGGGAGCCAACAUUCUUCUGACAGAGCGAGGAGAUGUUAAACUGGCGGAUUUUGGCGUUGCAGCUGAGAUCAACGCCUCAGUUGCCAAAAGGAAGUCAUUCAUAGGCACGCCUUACUGGAUGGCACCCGAGGUGGCAGCAGUGGAGAGGAAAGGCGGGUACAACCAGCUAUGUGACAUCUGGGCAGUGGGUAUCACCGCUAUCGAGCUGGCAGAGCUUCAGCCUCCCAUGUUUGACCUGCACCCCAUGAGGGCCUUGAUGAUGAUGUCAAAGAGCAGCUUCCAGCCUCCCAAACUAAAGGACAAGACCAAAUGGUCUGCUGACUUUCACACCUUUGUGAAAAUAUCCCUCACCAAGAACCCUCGCAAAAGGCCCACUGCAGAGAAACUGUCACAGCACCCCUUUGUGAGUCAGCUGCUGACCAGGACCCUGGCCAUCGAACUGCUGGACACGGCCAGCAACCCGGUUCUGCAAACCACACACACUAUGGACGAGAGUGAUCUUGAUACAUGCAGUGCAUUCCCUGAUAAGAUCCAGUCCUUAGCGAAACACCUGCCGGUCCAAAGGACUCAUUCUGAGGAGCAGUUUGGUCUGCUCAAAUUUGGCCCUCCCAUGAGGAAGGAGACCGAGCGCUCUCCGGACCUGGGAUCGUAUGACGAAUGGAGCAUUACAGGAGAUGAGAACAACUCCCCGUGCAGAAGUCUACUGGAGUGUGUUGAGGAAGCAUUACUUGAAAGGAGGUUAACCAUAAAGAGAGCGCCCUCUGCUGAGCACUCUCCUGAAGAUGAGGAUAUGGAUAAAUGUGGCACAGUGAAGAGGAGUGGGGUCCUCAGCCCUGCCCCAAGGCAUACCAUCCCCCCAUCCACUGCCUCUACUCCUCCCGUAGAAUCUACUGUCAACUGUGACUCAACCCCUCCCACUGUCACACCUCCAUUCACAGACCCCACCCUGGCUGAACCUUCUCUCUUCAACUCUACCAUCUUUUCUGACCUCUCACUUUCCUCCUACUGCUCGUCUGAAGAGGGCAGUGAGCCAGAAGGACGGAGGCUGGGAGAGACACCCUGCAUGGCCCAGGGGCCCCCACUGUCUCCAGAAUGGAGCACGCUCAGGAGGAAAACUGAGGACUCGAGAGGUGAUUGCCAUGGACUUCCACCCACGCCCAAAGUGCAUAUGGGGGCCUGUUUUUCCAAGGUGUUUAAUGGCUGUCCAUUGAAGAUUCACUGUGCUGUCACAUGGGUCCUGCCAAAGACUAAAGAUCAACACCUCAUCCUGGGGACAGAGGAGGGCAUCUACACCCUGAACCUCAACGAGCUCCAUGAGGACACCAUGGAGAAGUUAUUACCCCAGAGGUGCAGCUGGCUGUAUGUCAUGAACAACGUGCUAAUGUCUAUCUCGGGAAAAUCAUCCCAGCUGUGCUCCCAGAGGCUGACCACCCUGUUUGACCAGCGUAGACACCUGCAGAAGAGGCAGGGCCACCUGUACAUCAACACCCACCGCCUCACUGAGAGGAUCAACUCAAGAAAGUUUUCUGUGUCUGGGAAGAUACCAGACACCAAAGGCUGUCGACGCUGCAGUGUUGUGCAUAACCCGUACACUGACAGUACAUUUCUGUGUGCUGUUGUACCAACUGGCCUAGUCCUACUGCUGUGGUAUGAGCCUCUUCAGAAGUUCAUGCAACUCAAGUACAUAGCUAUCAGUCUCCCAGAAACCCUCCCCAUCUUUGAGCUGCUUGUCCUGGAGACUGAUGAGCUGCCACAGGUGUGUGUGGGUGUGAGCAGGCUACAGGCCCCUGUCAAGACCUGUGAGCAGGUCCACUUUGACAUCAUCCACCUGAAUGACACACCAAGAGCCCAGUCAGAUAGUCGAUCUCUGAAGGUGAUGCAGGUCACCCAGCUGGACAGAGACACAGUUCUGAUCGCUCUGGAGAAUACUGUGAACAUUGUGAACCUGGACGGCAGCCCAAGCAAAGGGAUGACCUCAAAGUUGACCUUUGACUUUUCCAUUGAGACUCUUGUAUGUUUGCAGGACAGUGUUCUGGCCUUCUGGAAGCAUGGUCUUAAAGGUAGAAGCUUACAUGGUGAUGAGGUUACACAAGAGAUCACGGAUGAAAGUCGAAUAUUCAGAGUCUUGGGAACCUCAAGGGACAUUAUCUUGCAGAGUACUCCCACGGACAAUCCAUCAGCCUUAAGCAACUUGUACAUCCUGACAGGUCAUGAGAGUAGCUACUGAGGAAAUCAGAGAAUGGAGGACAUUCUGUCUCAAGGAAGUACACAGCAGUCUCCUGCUACUCCUAAAAAGACAAGCGCAAAGUCAAUAAGGAUGGAACAAGGAGCAAAACUGCUUACAAUGGCGAGUUGUUUGCAGAAGAGACACUGCAGGAACUGUCUGAGCUGUGAUUGGAGCGGGGUCUCCUGUCUCUCUUCACAUCCAUGUGCCAAAUGGACCUGUGAAUAUCGGUGGUUCUUAACAUUGCCAGUGGUCUAGGCUACAUAAAGAUCUGGGCAAGGAUUUAAAACCACACUUGUGUGCAUUCAUCAGACUGGUUGUGACUGGGGGAAAAAAAAUGUAUACUGAAUCUCAAGACUGUCUGAGUCUGCAGAAACCCAAUACCAGUCUGGACAAUACUUUCCCAUAUGGCUGCUGUGUCAGUACUGAAGGCAAGUAAAGUACAGGACCCAGUGUCCAUGGUGUGAGGUGGAAAGCAAUGGUAUCAUGCAGUAGCAGCUCUGUGUGUAGGCUACCUGAGAAGAAGUUAUAUGCAGUGAAAAACAUUUAUUCACCAUGGGGUCAUGAACAGGAGGCUGCUGAGGGGAGAACGGCUCAUAACAAUGUCCAGAACGGAGCCAAUGGAAUGGCAUCAAACACCUGGAAACCAUGUUUGAAUUAUUUGAUACCAUUCCACUAACUCGCUCCAGUCAUUAACACAAGCCUGUUUUCCCACCAACCUCCUGUGGCUAAUAGAGAUUUAAAUAUGGAAAACAUUAUAACAGAGACAGCAAUUGUUUUUUCAGUGUUUUAAUUAACAGUAUCAAAUGUCAACAAUAUGUGAUUUAUAGAGGGCUAUUAGAUUGUUUUGUGCUGUGAUGCUGGCUGCUCUACUCAAAAUAAUAAAUCUGACCAGAUGGAUAUUUGGUUCCCUGUCAA